AUGAUUUCAGGAACAAUCCCGGCUUGUCUCGGAGAUAACCAGAAAAGUUUGUCAAUCCUGACCUUUGGAGGAAAUCAACUACAUGCAAAUGAAGAUGAUGGUUGGGACUUCAUGUCCAGUUUAACUAAUAGCAGCCAUCUGAAGGUUUUAGAUUUGGGCUCCAACAAAUUUCAAGGUGUGCUACCAAAUUCAGUAGCCAAUCUUUCUACAGAACUGAAUUUUUUCAGGAUAGCCAGCAACAUGAUAAGUGGUAGUAUUCCUGAAGGCAUCGGGAACCUUGUUAAUUUAUCAUAUCUUUUGAUGAGCAUCAAUUCUUUCGAGGGCAAUAUUCCUUCCUCUCUUGGUAGACUCCAGAAGCUGAGCUACUUAUACCUCGAUUUGAACAAUCUCUCAGGGCAAAUUCCGCCAACCCUUGGCAAUCUCACAUUAUUGAAUAAACUCGCUCUUGGAUCAAAUUCACUUGAUGGACCUGUUCCAUCCAGCCUUAGGAGCUGUCCUUUAGAACUAUUGGAUCUCGAGCACAAUAAGCUCAGUGGUCCGAUUCCAAAGGAAAUCUUCCUCAUAUCUACCUUAUCUGACUUCAUGUACUUCCAAAGCAACUUGUUUAAUGGGUCACUACCACUGGAGAUUGGUAGCUUGAAACAUAUUACAGGCAUCGAUUUGUCUGAUAAUCAAAUUUCUGGUGAGAUUCCUGCCUCUAUUGGUGAGUGUCAAAGCCUGCAAUUUUUACAGAUGCAAAUGAACUUCCUUCAAGGUGGAAUCCCAGCAUCAAUGGGGCAGCUGAAAGGCCUUGAAAUACUUGAUCUUUCACAUAACAACUUGUCGGGAGAAAUUCCUGAGUUUCUUGGGCAUAUAAAAGGCCUUGGUAGUUUGAACCUGUCAUUCAACUACUUUGAAGGUGAGGUCCCAAAAGAGGGAAUAUUUCUUGAUGUGAAUGCAACCUCAGUUGAUGGAAAUCUAGGACUGUGUGGGGGUAUCCCUGCAAUGAAGUUGCAUCUCUGCUCCGUCCAGACCACCAAGAAACGUUCCUUCAAGCUUAUCAUGAUAAUCUCCAUAAGCAGUGCAGUACUGUUGCUUAUUUUCAUUUUAGCAUUGUUCGCUUUCUGGUACAGCCGGAGCAAGUCACACCAAGCUAAGGCAGACCUGUCACCCAUCAAUGACUUACAUAUCAGAGUAUCUUAUGCUGAAUUAGCCAGUGCAACAAAUGGUUUUGCUUCCGAGAACCUCAUCGGAGUAGGAAGCUUCGGCUCGGUGUACAAGGGAAGAAUGGUGAUCCAUGAGCAGCAGGUCAUUGUUGCUGUGAAAGUGUUCAAUCUCCAACAACGUGGUGCAUCUCAAAGUUUUCUUGCAGAAUGUGAGACCUUGAGAUGUGUUCGACAUCGAAACCUUCUGAAGAUCUUGACAGUCUGCUCAAGUAUGGAUUUUCAGAGCCAGGAUUUCAAGGCUCUUGUGUAUGAAUUUCUUCCGAAUGGAAAUUUAGAUCAAUGGAUACACAAGCCUCUUGAAGAAAAUGAAGACACGGUGCUAAAUCUCAUCACAAGGCUCAACAUCGCCAUUGAUGUGGCUUUUGCACUGGAUUAUCUUCACCAACACAGGCCAUUGCCAGUUAUUCACUGUGAUCUCAAGCCAAGCAAUAUUCUCCUUGACAAUGACAUGGUUGCUCAUGUUGGUGACUUUGGCCUUGCAAGAGCCCUGCAUCAAGACCAGAGUGAUUUCUUAGGAGAAUCAAGUGGCUGGGCUGCCAUGAGAGGAACAAUUGGCUAUGCUGCUCCAGAGUAUGGUCUGGGCAACGAAGUUUCAAUCCUGGGUGAUGUGUAUAGCUAUGGUGUACUGUUGCUGGAAAUGUUUACUGGGAAAAGACCAACCGACGAUGAGCUUGGAGAAGCUCUAGGCCUUCACAGAUAUAUUCAGAAUGCACUUGCGGAAAGAGUGGCCAAUAUUGUGGACCACAAGUUAUUAUUAAGGGACGAAGAUGGAGAAACAAACACCUCAAAUCCUGAUAGAAGAGGAAAUAUAACAAUUGCUUGCAUCACUUCAAUUCUGAAUAUUGGAGUUUCAUGUUCAAUGGAAAUUCCUACAGACCGCAUGCAAAUUGGAGAUGCUUUGAAAGAGUUGCUAACACUAAGAGACAAGUUUCAGACGCGCCUUUCCAGUAUACAAGCAGCAAGUCGUUGA